AUGACAUUAAAACGGUUAAGGAAGAAAGCUGAAAGCUCAUCAGAUGAGUUCGAGGCAACGAACAUUAUCAAACAAUCGAAAAGUGAUUCGGAAUCAUCCUCAAAUGAUUCCGACGAUUCCGAUGAGGCGCCAAUGCUUGUUGAUCCUGAUGCUGAUGCACCUCCGAAG